UGAUUCUAAAACUUCAAUUUGUGAAACAUGGUAUUUUUAAGCGUUUAAAAAGUAUUUUUUUUUAUGAUUCAUUAAAAAAGCUUGGAAUUAUGGCUUAUCAUUAUGUUGUUACGGCACAUAAGCCCACUGCUGUUACUGCUUGUGUAACAGGUAAUUUUACUUCACCAUCAGACCUUAAUUUAAUUGUGGCAAAAAAUACUCGUCUAGAGAUAUAUUUGGUAACUCCAGAAGGGCUGAGACCUAUUAAAGAAGUUGGACUCUAUGGCAAAGUUGCUGUUAUGAAACUCUUUCGACCACAACAUGAGAAGAAAGAUUUAUUAUUCAUUGUUACUAUGAGGUACAAUGCCAUGAUCCUGGAAUGUAUAAGUGAUGGAGAUAAUCUUGAUAUUAUUACGAAAGCUCAUGGAAAUGUAGCAGAUAGAAUUGGGAAACCUUCAGAAACAGGAAUUUUAGCAGUUAUUGAUCCAAAAGCUAGAGUUAUUGGUUUAAGACUAUAUGACGGUCUAUUCAAAAUCAUACCUCUUGAUAAGGAUAAUUACGAAUUGAAAGCUUCUAAUUUUAGAAUGGAUGAGCUUCAAGUUCAUGAUGUUGAAUUUUUACAUGGUUGUGCAAAUCCUACACUUAUUUUAAUACAUCAGGAUGUUAAUGGCCGUCAUGUGAAAACACAUGAAAUAUCGCUUAGAGAAAAGGAAUUUGUUAAGAUUCCGUGGAGACAAGAUAACGUGGAAACUGAAGCCUCUAUUAUAAUUCCUGUUCCUUCUCCUCUGGGAGGUGCUAUUAUAAUUGGACAAGAGAGCAUCUUGUAUCAUGAUGGAAUUACGUCUGUUGUGGUUGCACCAGCUGUUAUAAAGCAAAGUACAAUUAUUUGUUAUGCAAAAGUAGAUCCUGGCGGUUUGCGUUAUUUAUUAGGAGACAUGGCCGGCCAUUUAUUUAUGCUUUUUAUUGAAACUGAAACUCGAGGAGAUGGAAAUGAGGUCGUUAAAGAUUUAAAAGUCGAAAUGCUGGGUGAAAUUGCUACGCCAGAAUGUAUAACAUAUUUGGACAAUGGUGUUCUAUUCAUCGGAUCUAGAAUAGGCGAUUCACAACUCGUUAAACUCAAUACUAAAGCCGAUGAAAACGGUUCCUAUGUCACAGUUAUGGAAUCAUUUACUAAUCUUGCUCCCAUUCUGGAUAUGUGCGUAGUGGAUUUAGAAAGACAGGGACAAGGUCAGCUAGUGACUUGUUCAGGGGCAUUUAAAGAGGGAUCUUUAAGAAUAAUUCGAAGUGGUAUCGGAAUACAAGAACAUGCAUCUAUUGACUUACCAGGAAUAAAGGGGAUGUGGGCACUUCAAACUGCCACAGGUAGUAAAUUGGACAAUACCUUGGUGCUUUCAUUCGUUGGCCAGACCCGUGUCUUAAGUUUAAAUGGUGAAGAAGUAGAAGAAACCGACAUAGCCGGUUUUGCCUCAGAUCAACAAACAUUUUAUUGUGGCAAUGUUGUACAUGAACAAAUUAUACAAAUAACGCCCAUUUCUGCCAGGCUUGUUUCCGCACAAAAUAAGACCUUAUUAGCCGAAUGGAAACCGCCUACUGAGAAAAAUAUUAGUGUCGUGGCUUGUAAUACUUCUCAAGUUAUUCUUUCCACCGGCUCAGCUUUGUAUUACUUAGAAAUUCAUCCCAAUGAAUUGAUUUUGAAAGGAAACACUACACUUGAUGUUGAGGUUGCCUGUUUGGAUAUUAGUCCCCUCGGGGAUGGCACAGCAACAUCAGAAUUGGUAGCUGUUGGACUCUGGACAGAUAUAUCAGCACGAAUAUUACGUUUGCCUGACUUAUCAGAAGCUACCAAAGAAUUGCUUGGUGGAGAAAUAAUUCCUCGUUCGGUUCUCAUGGCGUGUUUUGAGGGUCACGAUUAUUUGCUUUGCGCUUUAGGUGACGGUUCGAUGUUUUACUUUUCCUUACAUAAAGACUCGGGAACGCUGACUGAUAAGAAAAAAGUAACAUUAGGCACCCAACCGACAGUUUUGAGGACCUUCCGAUCAUUGAGCACCACAAAUGUAUUUGCCUGUUCCGACAGGCCAACGGUAAUAUAUUCGUCGAACCACAAGUUGGUGUUCUCCAAUGUUAAUAUGAAGGAAGUAAACCACAUGUGCUCCUUGAAUGCAGAGGCUUAUCCUGACAGCUUAGCUUUGGCGACAGACACUUCAGUGACAAUAGGAACAAUUGACGAAAUUCAAAAAUUGCAUAUAAGAACCGUUCAAUUACAAGAGUCGCCAAGGAGGAUCACUUACCAAGAACAAUCAAAGACGUUUGGUGUAUUAACUGCAAGGAUCAAUAUUCAAGAUUCAACUGGCCUAAAUCCGGCAAGACCAAGCGCAUCAACGAUGACGCAAUCCAUUACGGUGUCUAGCAGCGUAGCGUCUCUGGCAGUUAGCAAAUCGGGCAGCAGUAGUUUGUUAGGAAGCAGCUUGGCUCCAGAAUACGGACAAGAGGUGGAAGUACACAAUUUGCUUAUCAUCGAUCAAAACACCUUCGAGGUCUUACACGCUCACCAACUUAUGCAGCAGGAAUAUGCCAUGUCGCUAAUAUCAUGUCAAUUAGGAAACGAUUCCAAUGCCUACUUCAUUGUUGGUACAGCAAACGUAAAUCCAGAAGAAUCUGAACCGAAACAAGGCAGAUUACUGGUGUUUCACUGGAACGACAAUAAGCUCACACAAGUGUCAGAGAAAGAAAUCAAAGGUGCCUGUUACUCUCUCGCCGAAUUCAACGGCAAACUGUUAGCGAGCAUCAACAGCACAGUGCGUCUCUUCGAAUGGACAGCAGAGAAGGAACUAAGACUGGAAUGUUCGCAUUUCAACAAUAUCAUCGCCCUCUUCCUUAAAACAAAAGGAGAUUUCAUCCUGAUAGGGGACCUCAUGAGAAGCAUGACUCUCUUGCAGUACAAAACGAUGGAGGGCAGUUUCGAAGAAAUCGCGCGGGACUACAAUCCCAAUUGGAUGACGGCAGUGGAGAUUUUAGAUGAUGAUGUGUUCUUGGGUGCCGAGAACAGUUACAAUAUGUUUGUUUGCCAGAAAGACAGUGCAGCUACAACGGACGAAGAACGGUCUCAGAUGCAUGAAGUCGGACAGUUUCACAUUGGUGAUAUGAUUAAUGUAUUCAGACACGGAUCUUUGGUUAUGCAAAAUAUUGGAGAAACUUCAACUCCGACAAGAGGAUGCGUUUUGUUUGGAACUGUCGGUGGCGCCAUAGGAUUGGUCACACAGAUACCACAAGAUUUUUAUGAGUUUCUACUGGACCUACAGAAUAAACUAUCUUCAGUCAUUAAAUCUGUUGGAAAAAUCGAACACUCGUUCUGGAGGGCCUUCCACACAGAUAUUAAGACUGAAAAUAGCGAAGGUUUUAUCGAUGGGGAUUUAAUCGAGAGUUUCCUAGAUUUAUCUCAAGACAAAAUGAAAGAAGUUGCGGAUGGCCUAGGGAUGACCGUAGAGUAUUUAGUGAAGAUGAUCGAAGAUUUAACUAGGAUACAUUGAGAGUAUUAGAAUCUCCAGAGAGACUUUUCUAGCAUGUGUUAUAAUUUUUUGAGAAAGCAGAUUGUAACAGGUUUUUGUAUGUUGACCUGUGAACUAAUGAUUGUGUAUAAAACAAAAUUUCAUACAAAAAAGUGUUGUAACUUUAUUUAAUAAUGAAAAAUAAAUAUAAACUUUGGUCUUAA